UCCGCUCCCGCCCCCGCCGCCGCCGCCGCCGCCCCGCUGCCAUCGGCGGCUCCCGGCGCCGCCGCUCGCAGCUCGCUCCCGGGCCCGCCGCAACGCGGGGCUGGCGGGGAGAGCCGCCCCCCCCCGCCGCCCCCGCCGCCCGCGCCGCUCCCCUGCCCGGUUCGCCGGCCCCGGGCGCGGGGGGAGCGGCGGAGCCCGCCGCCCGCCGGGUGCAUGGACAGGAGCUCUCUGCUCCAGCUCAUCCAGGAGCAGCUCGACCCCGAAAACACCGGCUUCAUCGGGGUGGAGACAUUCGCCAGCCUCGUGCACAGUCAUGAGCUGCCCCUGGACCCCGCCAAGCUGGACAUGCUGGUGGCCCUGGUGCAGGGCAACGACGAGGGGCAGGUCUGCUAUCAGGAGCUGGUAGACCUGAUCAGCAGCAAGCGCUCGAGCAGCUUCAAGCGCGCCAUCGCCAACGGGCAGCGAGCCCUGCCCCGAGACGUGCUGCUGGACGAGACCGGCCUGGGCUUCUACAAGCGCUUCGUCCGCUACGUGGCCUACGAGAUCCUGCCCUGUGAGAUGGACCGGCGCUGGUACUUCUACCAGCAUCGCACGUGUCCACCUCCUGUCUUCAUGGCAGCCGUCACCCUCACCCAGAUCAUCGUGUUCCUCUGCUACGGGGCCCGGCUGAACAAGUGGGUGCUGCAGACCUACCACCCUGAGUACAUGAAGAGCCCGCUGGUCUACCACCCCGGGCACCGGGCACGUGCCUGGCGCUUCCUCACCUACAUGUUCAUGCACGUGGGGUUGGAGCAGCUGGGGUUCAAUGCCCUCCUGCAGCUGAUGAUCGGGGUGCCCCUGGAGAUGGUGCACGGCAUCCUGCGCAUCAGCUUCCUCUACCUGGCCGGUGUCCUGGCAGGCUCCCUCACCGUCUCCAUCACGGACAUGCGGGCCCCCCUGGUCGGGGGCUCGGGGGGGGUCUACGCGCUCUGCUCGGCACACCUCGCCAACGUCGUCAUGAACUGGGCCGGGAUGCGCUGCCCCUACAAGCUGCUGCGGAUGGUGCUGGCACUGGUGUGCAUGAGCUCGGAGGUGGGUCGCGCCGUCUGGCUCCGCUUCUCCCCUCCAUUACCGGCUUCGGGCCCCCAGCCCAGUUUCAUGGCCCACCUGGCAGGGGCCAUCGUGGGCAUCAGCAUGGGGCUGACCAUCCUGCGCAGCUACGAGGAGAGCCUGCAGGACCAGUGUGGCUGGUGGGUCUUGCUCCUCUCCUACGGCACCUUCCUCCUCUUCGCCGUCUUCUGGAACAUCUUUGCCUAUGACCUGCUGGGGGCACAGGUCCCCCCCCCGCCAUAACCUACCCACUCCACCUCACCAACACCCCCCCCCAGCCUUUUUUUUUUUUUUUUUCUAUUGCUGGCCAAGCCCGGUGGAGGGUGAGGGGGGGGGUCCCCGCGCGUGACAUGGGGACAGGCAACACCCCCUGCCCCCUUGGUGCUAGCGAGCGCGCCGCCCACCCCCCCAUGGGCUGUCCGU